UACCUAACAAUCGACCUUCCAAGCAAACCGGUUCUGAGUGGUCAGCCCACUUUUUUCCUUUUUUCUGUUUUUGGGCUGAAGUUUGUUGCUCCCCUCCUCCUCCUCCUCUCCUCCUCUCCUCCUCCUCUGGUCAGACCCCUCCCUGCGAGAGAUGCUCCCCCAGGCUCGCGCUCGAGGCAGCCUCACUGCCACACGUCCCCUUGGAGACUAGAAGGAGCACGUGACUCGUCCGCUUAUCAGGUUUAGCGAGCAGCAGCAGCAGCGCUUCGGUACCGAGCUGGAGAGGAGAGAGAGAAAAAGAGAGAGAGGAAGGGAGGGAGGCUGACUGACUGACUGCUGGGAAAAAGAGGAGAAAGUGAAAAGUUGGAGACGCUUAGAGACUACUACUUUUCCCGAGUUGUGUUCGGCCUCUCGGGCGACGGUGUUCCUCUCUGGGCGGCUCGGCGGGGGCUCGGAGAGGGAGGGAUGCAGGAGAGUUAGUUGAGCAACUUUUUUGCACAUCCUCUGAAACGCCAUUUUGGUCGCUCUCCGGAACAAGUUUGCAUUUUUUUUCUCCUCCUCCUUCUUCUUCUCCUCCUCCUCCUCUCUCUCUGUCUCUCCCUCUCUGUCUUCAAAGUCCAUCCUCUCUCUUCUCUUGCCUGUAGCUACUAGCGUUAACUUAACCACCACCAUCAUCAUCACCCACCGACCGUGCUGUCUGUCUCUCCGCCCGGCCCUGAGGGAACACGACUCUUUAAACUAUUAGCAGAGGCUGAUGUUGCUCACCUCUCACCUCCGUGUCCCUGUGGCCUGUGCCUCUGUGACCCCCUGACGUGUUUAGCCCUGAUCUCAAAACUGUUAGUUGAAUAAGACGAGUUCAGACAUGCCCGGUUUCAGCAGGAAGAUACCCAACAAGAUUGGAAGAGGCAGUGAAUUGUGUUGGUUUGGAGGUGCAGACAUGGACAGUGCCUUAACUGAAAAGUGCAGUGGUAAAGCAGGAGUCGGGGCUGACCUUGGGAAAUCAUCUCAGCAGACAGAGCAACCCACCACAAAACCCUUGCAGCCCAUGGAAGAAAAGCUAGAGAGUGAAAUGGACCAUGUUGGAGUGCUGCAAAAGGAGAACGGAAUGGAGGAAGAAAAGGAGAAGGAGGAAGAUGAGCAGGAGGAUGGUGGAGAGGAAGGAGAAGAGGAGUCCUGUGCCAACAAUGAAAUAAAAACUGGCCAAAUGAAUGGAGCACCUUCAAAUGCUUCUGUCAAAACUCCAAGCAAGUCGCCCUCUGCCAAUCGUACUGGGAGACGGAGUCAGGAACUGAAAGAUCGCUCAACCUUCAUCUGCCCCCUGUGUGACAAGAACUGCCAGACCCAGCACCAGCUUACUAUGCAUAUAAGACAGCACAACACUGACAGUGGGGGUACUGACCACUCCUGUAGCAUCUGUGGAAAGGCUCUGAGUUCGGCCAGCUCUCUGGACCGCCACAUGCUGGUACAUAGUGGAGAAAGACCCUACAAGUGCAGUGUGUGUGCCCAGACCUUCACCACCAAUGGGAACAUGCACAGACACAUGAAAAUUCAUGACAAGGACCCAAGUACUGUUCCUGCCUCCAGUCCUGUGUUGCCGAACAAGCGACGCAGACCCAGUGUCAAGAGAAAGGCCAGUAUUGAGGAUGAAGCUGAGAAAUCUGAGGAACCACCUAAUAAAAAGGUAGUUCUGGUGCAGCAGACAGGAGAACGAGCCAGUGUCAAGCAGGAGGAAGAACUCUUGCACUGUCCAAUCUGUUUCAAGACAUUCAUCUGUAAAUAUGGUUUGGAGUCACACAUGGAAACCCAUCCAGAUACUGCACUCAAGUGUAACCUGUGUUGCAUCACCUUCCGCACCCACCGAGGCCUUCUUUGUCAUAAUUCAGUUAUUCAUAAGCAACUCCCUACAGAUCCCUCUGGAAAACCUUUCAUCCAGAGCAAUCCUUCUGUCCCCCUGGGCUUUAGCGAUCUGUCCUUCAUUGACUUUUCCUGCCAGAAGUUUCCACAAAUUGCGCAGGUAUGGUGUGAAACAAACUUGCGACGCUGCUCCAGCAAGUUCCAUAGGUUUGUUUGUGAAGACUGCAACAAGGCCUUUCCUCUUCAGGUAUCUCUGGAUCUACAUGCUACCUCGCACAAAGACAGCACAGACUCCUGUGCUGAACCCCAGAAACAAGAAACUGACACUAUUGGAGGUGCAUCUACAGGCAGUGGUUUUGUGGAUUCCAAAGAGGUAGUUAAAUCAGCGACACAGAAGGAGACCCGUGCUGUAAAUGGACAGAAAGAUUUCAUGGAGUCCCUUGGUCUUCAGCUUUCUUCACUGGCCAAGCCUGAGCGAUCUGAGGAAGAGAUCCAGCAAGAAAUUUUAGACAGCGUCCGUUUUAUCCAUGUUGAGUCCCCUGCUACAAACCUACCUCAAGAGACCAGUGGCAAUCUUGGCCUCUGUGUUCUAGACCCUAUCUCUAUUCAAGGCUUAAACAAGAGCACUGGAGUUGGCUUCCUGUCGUUGCAGCCACUUCAAGGGGGACUUGUCAACAGUGGGUUAGUUGUCCGGCCGGUGAGUAAUCAAGCCGGCAUGGACCUGGCUGAUAUCCAGCAGAUUCUGAAGUUAGCUGCUUCUCAGGUGUCUUUAACGCUUCUUCCUAAAGUUCCUGGAAGUCCUCUGCAGGCAGAUCCCAAACAAAAUACCCCUCUCAAACCUAAGCCUCUUGUAACUCCUCGAUCCAGCAUGGGGACCUCCACAACACCUCCUCCGGUCAUGAAUGCGCAGCAGGCUUCUUCAGGUUGCAUCAGCCCUGGCUUACCACCUGUUGCAAGCCAACUCCUUCUCAAUUCCAUGCAGUCCCCAUCAAACUCCCCAUCUUCUUCAUCCUCUUCUUCGCCUACUAACUGGGAGAACACCCAUUUAGGCACAGAUGGAACAGGGGCCACCAUUUUGACAUCCAGUCCAUCUACUCCAAAUAUCAAACAGGAAGAGGUUGGGGGUAAAGAGAAAGAAAUUAGAGCAAGUGGCAAGAAGAUCUCAAAGACGGAGUACCCUUGUCGCUUCUGUACCCAGGUCUUCUCCUUUCCAGGAGGCCUCCAGGCACAUAUGCGACAUCACUUGGGAACCUCACCAUACCAGUGCAGCAUCUGCACCUACGCUGCUCCAGACAAUGCCACAUUAAUCCGCCAUUUACGAACACAUAGCGGCGAGCGGCCAUAUGUUUGCCGCCUCUGUCACUACCCCUUCACUGUCAAGGCCAAUUGUGAGCGCCAUUUGCGCAAGAAACACAUGAAGAACACUCGCAAAGAGAUCGAGAAGAACAUUGAGUAUGUUACCACCUCCUCCAGUACAAGUGCUUUAACUGGUGGUACUACACCGGAGCUCCUGGACUCUGCUGGUGCAGGUAACACAUCCUGCCGCUAUUGUGGAGAGGAUUUGAAAAGCUACAGGGCUCUCCAGAUUCACCUGAGAACUCACAAUGGGUGCCAGAAGAAGCCAUUCGAAUGUCGCCAGUGUGGAGCAGCCUUUUUGGCCAAAAGGAACUGUAUUCAUCACCUGCUUAAGCAGCAUCCAGACGUCCCAGAGAAGGAGAUCGAGGAGCAUAUAAACACUUCAGUCCCUGCCAAUGUUGCAUCCUCUCUCCAGGCCUCCAGUUCUCCAGUUUCAGCCUCAAAUGGGCUUCCUCAAACUGUUCAGCCUCAAUCUGGUAAACAAGACCUUGAUACUUUCUCUGGAGAUGCCGAUCAAGACCAGCCUUUGGAUUUCUCCAGCAAGUCUUUAAAGACCAAUGGUCUAGAUGUAAAGGCUGAGUCUGCCACGUCUGCUUCCCCGUCGUCAUUUUCAAACGACUUCUCCAUGGAACCCAUUGACCUUUCUAUUCCGAAGGGUCCUGAAGGGAAGAAAGUAAAGCGAGAAGUAAUCGAUACCACAUUAUUGCUUCAACAAGAGAUAAAGAAAGAGAUUCCUUCCCCGAGCCUGGACUCGCCCAAGUCUUUAGGAAAGAUCUCUACUGUCCAUGCAGCUCUCCCACUCUCAAUCCCUACUCUUGCCUCUGCUUUAACUAGCGACUUGUCCAAGCCCACCACACGCCUGAAGCCUCUGCUGCCAAAACCAGUUGCUGCCUCCAACACUUCAGAGAUGCCUCCCUUGGCCUCCAUUGCCCAGAUUAUCUCCUCUGUUUCUGCUGCACCAGUCCUGCUCAAAACAGGUAUUAGUGCGGAGAAAAUUGAUGGACUAAAGGGUUGUGAAUUACUAAAUGACAAGAAGUGUUCCAGUGGCACUACUAGUGUCGAGUCUACUGCCACUUUCAGCUGUUCUCCCCUUGAUUCUUUAAAAAGGAGAGGAAAGAAAAGGCAGUUCAAGGAAGAGGCCUGUAGUCCUACAGCUGCAGCUGUCAGUGGGCUGGACCUGGAGUCUAGUGGAGAGUUUCCAAGUGUGGAGAAGAUGCUGGCCACUACUGAUGCAAAUAAGUUUACUCCAUACUUGCAGCCCAGGCAGGUGGAGCCAGAAAAGGAGAAACUGUCUGCCAGUGAAGAGGAGAAGGAAGGAAAGGAGGACAAACUGAAGGUCCAGCUGCAGAGCAAAGUAAAGAAGAAUGCCUAUUCGAAUUCUGUGCAGAAGAUGAAGUGCCCCUACUGCCCUCGGGAGUUCCCUUGGACCAGUUCAUUACAGAGGCACAUGCUAACACAUACAGGCCAAAAGCCAUUCCCCUGUGCUCAGUGUGAUGCUUUCUUCUCCACCAAAUCCAACUGUGAGCGCCAUCUUCUUCGUAAGCAUGGCAUUUCCAGCCGAAACAUGCUGCAGAACACUGGAUCAGGCCUUAAACCCAAAUCUGAUGAGGGCUCCCAGGGAAGUACAGAUUGUGUAUCUGAUGCUGAGCCUGCUGUGGGUGACGAUUCUGUGAUUCCUGGAAAGGAGAAGGAAGGCACAGCCAAUGAUGUUUUGACAGAGGAACCCAAGCCCACAGCCACAGAUCAACCAGAGUGCAAGGAGGAUGAGCAAAGCACACAAUCCGCUGAGUGCAGUGACAUGAAGAUGGAUAUGAGUGAUAAUAAUAAUGAUGAUGAUGAGUCUCAAAGCAAUAAGAGUCUUGAUAUGAACUUUGGCAGCAAGCUCGUAGAUUUUAAGCUGUCAGAAGCUGAGCAGCAGCAAGCGUCUGAAGCGACCGAACCUACUGUGGAACCUGAGAAACCUGCAAAGAAACCUCCCGAAGAAUUUCCUCACACAUGCAGUACCUGCAAAAAGACCUUCCGCCACGCUGCAACCCUCAUCCGCCACCAGAAGAUUCAUUUGCUUACGAUCCAGCAGGAAGAUUCGGGCAAGAAAGGGAAACAUCAGCCUGCAGAGCCCAGUCAACAAGCCAGCAGUGACACCAACAUUGAUAACAACAAUGACACCAACAACGACACCAGCAAUGACGCCAGCAUUGAUACCAGCAAUAACACCAGCAUUGAUACCAGCAUUGACACCUCCCCUGUAAAGGAGACUGAGCAACAAGUGAGCAUCAGUACUGCUAACAAAGUUGAGAAAGAAGAGAACAGCAGUGUUCCAGAAACUGGAGAAAGAGAAGAAGAAGCAAAAGAGGCACAGAAGGAAGAGGAAGAGAAAGAGGAGAGAAGCGACGAGGAAGAAGAAGGUUGCUCCUCUGAGCUCAGGGAUCUGGAAGACGAGAUUGAGUCUGCAGGGAGAAAACCUGACAAAAGGAAGAAGAUAUGUAGUGUUUGCAACAAACGCUUCUGGAGCCUGCAGGACUUGACUAGGCAUAUGCGUUCACACACUGGAGAAAGGCCUUACAAGUGUCAAACUUGCGAGCGGACCUUCACGCUGAAGCACAGCCUGGUGAGGCAUCAGCGUGUCCACCAGAAAAGACCUGACAGCAGAGGGGCCGAGGGAGGAGACGACCCAGAAGAGACUGACGGUGGAAGAGACGCUACCGCUGCAGAUGGAGAAGAGCUCCAUUGUUCCUCUGGAAGUGAGAGCGAGGCUGCUGGUCACACUGAGAAUGAGAUCGAGAGUAAUGGGUCAGUGCUCGUGGCUGGGGAGGAAAAUGGAUCAGCAUUGGAGGAUUCAACAGACAAACACCACCAGAAAGUGGAUGGCAAGGGUGAUAUCAAGGAAGAAAAGGAUUGUACAGCGAUGCCUCCCAAGGAGCCUCAGAUGAAGGAACCUAAAGUAGGGGAAUCUAAAGCAGAUGCAUCUGUGGACUCCCAGCCAUCUGACAAUACAAAACCCAAAGAGACGAGUGAUUCCAGUCUUACGGAGAACCAGGAAACUGCAGCCUGAAGACAAACGGAUAGACUGUUAUGAUCCUGUGCCAUAUUUCCACAAACGAUCUUCCAUAAACACUAAAAGACGACUGAAAUGGUCUGGAAUCCACCAAUAGUCAAUAAUGUCCUCAUGCUGUCUUUAUCAUGCAUGAAAUAUCCAAAACUGGAGUGAUUUUUUUUCUUUUUCUUUUAAAUGCCUUAAAAAUGUUUUGUUUUGUUUUGUUUUUUUUGUUGUAGUUCAAUGAAUUGGAUCAACAUGCAACUGGACAGUAUCUUUUUAAUCAAAUGUAAAUGAUUGUGUAUUUUUUUUAAAUUGAUCACAUGUAAGUCUUUAUAUCAAAUGAGUGCGUUUUAUAUGAUAAGCCGAUGGUUUAUAUUAGUACCAUUUAUAAUGUAUUAUUCUUAAUUCAAUUCCAGUUUGUUUUUAGUCAUUAUGAUACGCUUUUCUCUCACUCAAAAUUCUACGGCAUUCAACGGAUGAAGUGCCUGAGACCUUUACUCUUCGGAAUUCUGAGAUUAGGCUUUGUUAGGUUUUGGAGGACUUGUGUAAUUCAGUGGCCUGGCAUAAUUUUUGUUUGUUUGUUUGUUUGUUUGUUUGUUUUCCUCAGUCGGGAUGGUCUAUUGUUUAUUGGCAAUAUUUGCCUGUCGUGUAUUAUUUUCCUCUCGCUUGAACUUUACUGUUCUCCAGUGUGAGUGAUCAUAGCUGGAGGUAGAGACAGCACCCGCUGGUGGUUCGGAGUGUAUAACCGGAUGUUAGGGUGCAGGCCUUGGGUGAAAGCUUGUACUGCUUGUGCUAACAGACCUUACACACUGUAUAUGUAGUAUUUAGGUAGUUUGAAAACAGCUGAAGAUCCAUUUUUGAUCCAUUGCAUUGCAAAUUGCAGAUCCAUUGGAGCCUGUGCUUAAUUAACUGACUCAUUUGAUCCAGUUCAGAAGUACAGGUUAAAUCCAGCAUAGGGGUAUUUUUUCUGUUAUUUUUUGCCACUGCGUUUUCCACCAAGACAGUAAUAAUCAAUAAGCUUCAAGAUGUGCACUGUAUGUAAUAAGAAGACCAUACUAGAUACAAGCUUUUACCCACAGCAGCUGCAUCUUUGCUUUCCUGCACACUUUGUAUUUGUAUUUAAGUACAAUGUGAAUCAAAGUGCAUUUUCUUUCUUGUUUUAUACAGUGAUGUUUGUUUGUUUGUGCUCGAUCCGUGGGUUUUAUACUUGAAAUCGCCCUGCUGUUGGUUGCCUUACCUACUACAACAACGCUGUUCACACUGCCCCUACACUUCACCUGUUAGUACCUCAACAGAUGGCAAAUCUAACCUUGUAGAAUUUACUAAAAAGUGGUUCGCUACGAAGAGGCCUUUUGUCACUUUUGUAUAUUAAGAAUUAUUAAGAAUUAAGAUGUGACUGAACACGCUUCACCUCUGAUCAACUAUCAGUAAUAGAAAUGCUGCAUCUCAGAGCCGAACACGACUAUGCAAACUAUGCAAUGUUACAGUAGAGCAAUAAUAAUAAUAAAACCCUCUUCUAAGAGAGCAUAUCAUGGUUAAAGCUCAGCCUGCAAAAAAAAAAUCUAAAAUCGCAAUCGUUUGUUUUUUUAAGAUUUGUCAGAUUUUCUAAAGGUUCCAACAGCUGGUCUUCAUGUAACAGUGUUUUCCCAAGGAAACACAGCGAAGAGUUCUAAGAUGUGUCACUAUUUUUGCGGAAACAAAUCAUCUAUAUAUAUAUAUAUAUAUAUAUAUAUAUAUAUAUAUAUAUAUAUAUAUAUAUAUAUAUAUAUAUAUGUGUAUAUAUUUUAUAAAUUUUUUUCUUUACUAUAGUGUGUUUAUGAGAAAUGUAUGUGUGCCUGCUUACGUAGUGUGUGUGUGUGUGUGUGUGUGUGUGUACGCGCAAUUAUCAACGAUAGACAACACACUGAAUAUUUUAUGUAUUUAUUGAUCCUAGAGAGAGAGUGGUCAGAGCUCAUGCUUAUGAGAAGCCAUGUGGACUCCGUGUGUGCUACAAGGAGAAUCAGAAGAAGAAAAACGAUGACUGUAGCACUGAACAAUCUUGAAGUUCUUUUUAUUAUCAGUUAUUUUAUGAGCUGUUCGCCAUAAAUUACAUUUUAUGAUUGUUUGUUUGGUUAUAUGUUUGUUUGUUUUUUAUGUUUGUAAUGCAGCCCCAUCAUCACACACACAUGCAUUAACAAAGUACAUAUUUGUUACUGGACCUUGAAUGGAUUUAGUCCAGUUUGAAUUAUUAGAUGAUUUAUUUUUUUUUAUUGCAUGUCUAAUUAAUUUUGGUGGUUACCAGUUCUUCUCUUUCUCAGGGGCUCUUCAAAUUAUGCAUAUGUAAAAAAAGAAAUAAAUCCAAGCUUUGUGGGUGAGCUAGCUACUCGCUCUCGUUUCUACAGCAAGCAAAGCAGUCACUACAGUUACUACAUGCAUACGAAUGUGAAUCUCUUCAGGAAACCGACCGCCUUUGGCUUCAUCUCAGCGUUGUCCUCAUUUUCAUCAUUGUCUUUCUCGUGAUUCUGCAUGUUUUAAACCUUUCAGCUGUUUUGUGUUUUGUCACUGUCAAACGACUGCAUUUGUUAAAGGGAUUGCACAUGUUUUGUCUCACGUUUGUUCAGUUUUAGAAAGCUAGAGUUUUUUUUUUUUUUUUUUUUUUUUUCAGCCCUGUUAUCUCCGAUACAAUCAUUCAAACAAUAAAUAUACACUAAGAAAGAGUGAGAAAUUCAA